AGCAUCACAUCACACGACAGCCUUAACUUUAGCUACAAGCACGUCUGUAGUUGCUUCAGACUAUCAUUAUUCAUCUCACUACCAACAAUACAUUUGGAUGGAUCUAGCAACAAGCAUUUGAAAUUGUUACCAUCUUUUCUCAAAUUGCUGCCAUCGGCAGAACUCAAUUCAAAGCAGCACUAACAACCUGCAAACGGGGUAUGCUAAAAUAAGAGACCUCCAAGCAAACUUACCUGAAACAACACUGUUCACAGACAACUGCAAAGCUUAAAAAUGCCACUUUUUGGCUGGAUGAAAUGGUCAAAAACUGAUUCCUACAAAUCCACAAGAUGUCCUGGAUCAGAAGUAGUUACAAAAACCCUGCUGAGGGAGUUGAAAUGGCACCUGAAAGAGCGUGAAAGAUUAGUGCAAGAGAUUGAAAAUGAACAAAAAGUCCAGAAAACUGGCAUGGAUUACAACUGGCUCAAGAACUACCAAAACCCUCAAGCAACAAUUCCAGCUACUGAGCAACGGCAGCUUGAAGUUUUGUGCUCACAAAUUCAGCCUUGCCAAACAGGAACUGUUCUCAGCAGAUUUCGGGAAGUUUUGGCAGAAAAUGAUGUUUUACCCUGGGAAAUAGUCUACAUAUUCAAGCAAGUUUUAAAAGAUUUUCUUACCACCAUUGAGAGAGAAAACCAAGCAGAGCAGCUGGUAGAUGCAUGGAAUACAAAUUGCUCUGAACAUUUUAGUCCACGUGGCGACAGCUCCAACAAGUCGGACAAAGACGAAAUCCCCACGGUUUCAAGUUAUGUUGACAAAAACACACAAAGCAUGUUUCCCACCUUCUCUCACAGAAUCUGGAAUCUACCCUAUUACUACCCAUCAAGUUAAGCUGGUCUGUUUUGCUUUCAAAAAGUUAUGCAGCCAUCUACAUUCCUUUCUUGUAAUUGCCAUCCAGACACAUAGGAGAAAGAAAUGUGACAUGCUCCCCUUUUUAUUCUAAGUUCAGACAUUAAAAUCCUUUUUAAUAGCCAGCAUGCAGUAACUUAAGUAUCAACUCACCUUUUAUCUUUAUAGUUUCUUAGAACUGUUGUGUUUGAAGCCAUCUUUUAUUAAAAAAUGUAGACGUUUCUGAAAAAACUCUGAAGCAUUUUAAUUUUUAGCCAUAUAUAGCUAGAAGUAUUUCAACAACAAAAAAAGACUGCUUUGCAUAUUUUGAAACAGCAUCAAUCCACAGAGUGUUAGACAAAAAAUCCUGUGAUUGUCAUGUAGCUUUUAGGCUCUAUGGGAACUUUAUACUGUGUAAAAGAAACGGUUUAAUAUAACAUCAGUUAAAUAAACUGGUAAAUACUUUUUGGAGCUGAAUAAUUAUUUCUUAACUUCAAGAGUAAGGUACAUGUAAACACUGACAGAACUUAUGCUGCAUGCACUAUUUCUGUAUUUUUUUCUAAACUAUACUCUGCACAUGCUGAAGUAUGUUAAGGUGGACAGCUAAACAAAACCACUAAAUAUUUAGCAGCAUUUAACAACUAGCUUUCUAUUCUUUAAAAAAAUUAUUGAAUUUUUUCAUUUUAAAUAGCCAUUUCUCGUUUCACUUACUGAAAGCUGUUCUGAAACCCAAAUUCUGCAUUCAACUUUCAACAUUUUGACCAAAUCAGGUGAUACUUUCUAGAACAGCCAAGGAGUCAACAGAUCAUUUCCAACACACAAGGUGUUCAUUCCGAAUUAACACAUAACAAAAUUUAUUGUUUCUCAGCCAUCAUCAUCUAUCACUGUGGGUUCACAAAGUUUUACAAGAUUAAUCACAUACGUAGCAGUCACGGUCACAGCAGGCAAUUAGAGCAGAAAAUCAAUGAAAACAUAUGCCAGAACUCAGUUGGCUACAUUUCCAAUUGUGCUCCUAUCACCGUAACAAGUUUUUACAUGUUUUAUAUAACCUCUUCUCUCUAUUUUAUUUUGAUCUGUCUGCCAGAUCAAAAAAAAAAUGGGCAAGAUUCACAUGGCCCAAUUCACAGAAUACACGAUUUCAUAAACGAAACUGCUUCCUCUGGUAUUUUCUUCAAACAUACUGAAGAAAACAUUCAGAUUUCAUUAAGGUGGUAACACAACUUCAAGGCAUCUUAUGCUCCACAGCUGUAUCCCCCCCUUCCAGAAAGAAUUUACUAAUAAUGCAACAUAAAUUGGAUGAAGAAAUGGCACAAUCAUUUACUAAACACUUUUAAAUCUUUUAAGAAUUGUUUUAAAAAUGCCUUUGUAAAGCUUACAAUACAGAGAACAUUUCAUAUAGUAAAGUAAAACAUAAUAUAUAUAGAAGAUAAAACAGUAAGAACUCCUAUAUCCACCUAAAGGACAAAGCACUAGAGUAGCAGAGCAGAAAAAUUCCAACAAAUUUAAAAUAAUAAAAGCUGUAACUCAAUACCAAAAGUAACUAGACCCUCUACUUCCUAUAAAAUAAAUAUACAAAGCUUCAUAAGGACAAGCAAACUUCUUGUAUCUGCACUCAGAACAGCUACAAACUCUUCGCCUUAUUCUUAUCAGUUGUCAUUUUGUCAGGAUUAAUAACAAAAAUACCAUUCUAAAUUUACUCUCCCCUAUUGAUGUAGCACAAGAAGUUGGAGAUUCUUCUCCUACAGUUCUAAUCUAAUCACUACAUCAAGGCAGCAAGAGAUUCAAAGAAAGGUUUUUCCACAAUGAUAAAACACUCACCAGUAUUAAAUAUCAAGUACUUUCCUAUAGGAAACUUCCUAAAUAUCAAGUGUCUUUCCUACAGUAAGGAGGGUAACAAGUACUGAGUAUUUAAAAGGCAUUGGCAGGAUUAAUAUUACUCUCAGAAUUAAUAUCCAUAAUGCUGGUUUCAGAUAGCUUUGAAACGUGCAGGAUUCCUGCAAUGGCAAUUCAUGUAGGUUUGUUUCUUAAAAAUGGUCUUCACAGCUUUCUAUCUGAAAAAUAGGCUUAAAAACCCUCUAAAAAUGCAGUUUCCAAAUUUUAGUUUAUGGAAAAUGGAAAGCCAGUUACAUGAAGAUCCACUUACCUUAACAAUCACCAGGGUAGGGAAAACAAACAAACAAAACCAACAAGAUAAACCCAGAUACAACUUGCCCACGGUUUAUAAACUUCACUUCAAUUUCAUUUUAACAUGAGCAAAUGCAUUUUUCCAAGUUCAGAAACAGGGAUCAUCAACUAUGCCAUAUUCUAAAAGGCAGUUGCUGCACAAUAAUUUAAAAAUAUAGAUAGUCAUCAUAGCCAAUUUGAUGUUAAAUCUCUUUACAAUGCCAGGGCAAUGCACAAAAAGGCUCACCUACUUUUAUACGCAUGUUUUAAUCAGACUACUGCAUCCAGUUCUAGUGACCACAUUUUGGGGGGAAAGGAGAAAGAGAAAGCAUGGAGCUAUUGGUAAGAAAUUCUGUCCACUUACACAAAUGGUCGUUUAGGAUGCAUAUUGCCUGUGUCCCUCUUGAACAUGGGGUAAAAAAAUUAAAACAACCAAAUCUGUAAAAAAUUAUUUUUCCCUACUAACUCAGUUGUCAAACUCACAGUUAGGUUAUCUGCUAAGACUUGUGAGUUUAAAGAGCUUUCUGUCCAACCAAAAAUAAAGAUUUGCC